AUGUCUUCCCUCCUCCUCAUCGACCUCCAACAAGAUUUCGUCAGUCCAACACGAAUCCCUGCAAAACCAUUCAUAGACUCUCUUCCACCCCUGCUACGACAGUUCACAACGAGAAGAAGACCCAUCGUCUGGAUCGACAGCGUGUACGAACAAGGCAAAGGAACAUGCGAAGAAGACGUGUCUUCCAACGAUCCACCUCAAUCCGAUUUCGAGCUCUACCUUUCCGGAACUCACCGUUCCGGCCGUUUCUGUGUCCACGACACUCCAGGCAUACAAAUCCACAAAGACCUUCUUCCCUUUCUCCAUGCACAUCACAUACGCAUAACAAAGAACCCACUACUCCGCAAUCUCACGAAGACAGCACUCCACGACACUCUCCAACAAACAAAACAUUUCUUCCUCGCAGGAGUCACAACAAACACAUGCAUUGCUGCCACUGCCGUCGAUGCACGCAAAUUGGGUUACGAGAAACCAUAUGACGUCGACUGGUGCACUUCCAAUAACGUUUCCUCUUAUCUUGGCGACGACAAGCAGCUCCAGCAACUUCCCGUGCUAUACUGGGUCAAAGGAUCCAUUCCAAGUUGGAGAGUCAUGAUCACACUCGCAUGGAUGAAGAUUCCAUAUCUCAGCAAGCGUCUCAGAACUCCAACGUUUGUCGACAGUGAUGGCACGAUUGUCAUAGAAAGUAUGGCCAUCCUUCAGUAUCUCGAGCGCUUUUCCCCAGGCACUCGCGAGAAUCGCCCAAGCGAUCUUUCCAAAUCGGAAUGGACACAAGAGACUGUGAGAUUUCAUGAGUCUGAAAAACCUAACAGUAUAUACGAGCCUACCGAACUGCUAUACGAUGCAGAGUGGGAAAAGCAUCGUGAAAACAUUCUCCAAGCCUACCAUGAUGUUUUCAAAGAAUUCGAACAUUGGGAAAGAUAUCUGACCAAUGGAGGGUUCCUUUCAGCUCGACAUGCUUUUGGACUGGCAGAUUGUGCUUUUUAUCCUGUCCUUGCAUACAUGGUGCACCGUGGGCUCGCCCUGACGUCGAAACUUUCGGGCUUGGAAAAUCAUUAUGAGAGGUGCGGCGCGCUCCAAACGGUGCUUGAAGCCAGUCCGGAUCAUUGGGAGACACCUGGCAAGAGCCUGUUCCUGAGAUGCGAGAAGAUGCUUAAGGAGUGA